AUCGAAGCUGACGUUUCUGCCAAGGCACUGAGAGACGGUCUUCUAAUGAAAUCGCGACGACACAGGGCCCGUUCAGUACACGACAGAGUCCUAUAAAUUUUAUAAAAUUUUCUUCGCUCUAAGUUUAUAUUUCGGCAAUAUUCAAUAUUGAAAAGUAGUAUCACCAGCGGGACGUAAUUAUCCUCUAAUCAAAUACAAAAUGUUUAUCUGGGACUGGUUCACUGGCGUUCUAGGAUAUUUAGGUUUGUGGAAAAAAUCGGGGAAGCUUUUGUUUCUGGGUUUAGAUAAUGCAGGAAAGACAACGCUUCUUCACAUGCUCAAAGACGACAGGCUGGCCCAGCAUGUGCCUACCCUACAUCCUACCUCAGAGGAGUUGUCGAUCGGCAACAUGAGGUUCACAACAUUCGAUCUCGGUGGUCACACUCAAGCCCGCCGUGUGUGGAAAGAUUAUUUUCCUGCAGUGGAUGCCAUCGUUUUCCUGGUUGAUGCUUGGGAUCGUGGUCGUUUCCAAGAAAGCAAAAAUGAAUUAGAUUCACUGCUAACAGAUGAAGCUCUAUCGAAUUGCCCCAUCUUAAUUUUAGGCAAUAAAAUUGACAAGCCGGGUGCUGCAAGCGAAGACGAGUUGCGUAAUGUUUUCGGUCUUUACCAGCUGACAACAGGAAAGGCUAAAGUACCUCGUUCAGAGCUUCCUGGGCGUCCAUUAGAGCUUUAUAUGUGUUCCGUGUUGAAACGGCAAGGCUACGGUGAAGGUUUCCGUUGGUUAGCGCAGUAUAUUGAUUAAGAGCCAUAAUUUAAAGAAUUUUAAAGAGACACAAGUGAAACAGAAAAUCCGGAUUCUUCUAUUUAACAAAAGUACAUUGAACUUGUGAAAAUAUCAAACAACACCAACAAAACAUACAUUCAAAUUCCUAAAGACCAACCACGCGGAGUCAAGUUAAAGUUAAAGUGCAUAAGAACAAGCGUUUCGGAUGGGGCUAUAUUUUUCCACAAUGCAUUAUUUCGUUGUACCUAUUACUUUUUUAAUUGCAUAUUACCUUUCAAGUUUGUAAUUUAAUUUUAGCGAGUGAAAGAGAUAGAAACUGGAAAGUGGCAUAUGUGAAUGUUCAGCUUAAAACUAUUAUUUGAGAGAAAUAUUGAUAGAACGGAUCCAAAUAUCAACAAAGUAUUCGCGCUGUAAAUUGUUUUCCCAUUAUUUUUUUACUUAUUUGUUUACUACGGAAACUUGAUUUUGUUUUCUUUCUUUUUGUUUUGUCUUGUUUACACUAAAUCGUACCAACCUAAACUUCUAAGAUUGAAGCUAAUUCUUUUAUAUUCUUUUUGGGAGGAGAGUAACUUUCGUCAUGAUUCAUUAUGGUAAUAUUUUGUUGAAACGUAUGCAACCAAAAGUCAAUCAACCAUCUUAUGUUGUAUUGUCGUCGGGCAGAAAUUGUGUCGUCAUUGCGUCGUGUGAUGUAUUUAAAUUAAACAUAUUAUUUCCUGAAUUGUAAAAAAGAAAAGAAAAAAUCGCAAAGAAAACAAAAAAGAAAGCAAGAUGCAUGAAGAGUUAAGGAAAUAUAAUGAAAAUUAUUUCAUUGAUUUUUUAUUUAAGAACAUACACUCACAUAAAAGAAUGAAAACAUUUAAGGAAAAAAAUUGAAAAAUGAUAUAAAAUAAAUUUGUUUUUCUACCUAA